CUUUGUGAAUCAUCAAGAUCCACACAGGAGAGAAGCCAUACACAUGCCAGCAGUGUGGAAAAGGUUUUGCUCAGAAGUCAAUUCUUGCAUCCCAUCAGAGAGUCCACACGAGAGAGAAACCGUACACAUGCCAGCAGUGUGGGAAAAGUUUUGCUCAUCAGACAGGUCUGGUGAUGCACAAGAGAGUCCACACAGGAGAGAAGCCAUACACAUGCCAGAAAUGUGGAAAAGGUUUUGCUCAGAAGUCAACUCUUGUGAGGCAUCAGAGAGUCCACACAGUAGAGAAACCAUACACAUGCCAGCAGUGUGGGAAAGGUUUUGCUAAGAAAUCAUUUCUUGUAGUCCAUCAGAGAGUGCACACAGGCAAGAAACCAUACACAUGCCAGGAGUGUGGAAAAGGUUUUGCUGAUAAGUCAGGUCUUGUGAAGCAUCAGAGAAUCCACAAAGGAGAGAAGCCAUACAAAUGCCAGCAUUGUGGGAAAUGUUUUGUCUACAAGUCAGUUCUUGUGAUUCAUCAGAGAAUCCACACAGGAGAGAAACCGUACAAAUGCCAGCAGUGUGAGAAAGGUUAUGCUCAGAAGUCAUGUCUUGUGUCCCAUCAGAGAGUCCACACAGGAGAACAACCGUACAAAUGCCAGAAGUGUGGGAAAGGUUUUUCUCAGAAUUCACAUCUUGUGAGGCACCAGAUAACCCACACAGGAGAGAAGCCAUACACAUGUAAGGAGUGUGGGAAAAGUUUUGCUCAGAAGUCAAAUCUUGUGAUCCAUCAGAGAGUCCACACAGGAGAGAAACCAUACACAUGCCAGAAGUGUGGGAAAGGUUUUGGUCAUCAGUCAGUUCUUGUGAGGCACCAGAGAGUCCACACAGGAGAGAGACAAUAAAAAUGUGAGGAGUGUGAGAAAUGCUUUCCUCAAACUUGGCAUCCUUUGAAUCCUCAAAGAGUUCACAGAAGAGCAAAAUCAUUCAGUUGUUAUAGCUGAAAUAUUUUCUUCAAAAUUCACACCUUUCGAAUAUGAGGGAGUCCACACAGGAGACAAACUAAAGGGACCAUAGGACUGUAGGAAACAUUUUUAUGAAAUUUCAUGCCUUUUCACAUUAAAGAGAAACUAUAGAAAUACCAGCAUUAUGGAAAACAUUUGGUUGGAGGACAGCCAUCAUAAUAAUAAUAAUAAUAA